AUGUGCACAGAGAUGCAGCGAUUGGUUAAAAUUGACGUCAAUUCUGCUGUGAAGCGCUUAAUUUCAACUGCCAAGGUGAAAUCGGAAAUACGCAAAUUUCAUCAUCAAGUGGAAGGCACACCAGAAAAAUCUAUCAAAUUCGGGAGGGCCUCCAAAAUCCCUCCCAUUUACGAGCGUUCAACGGCUAGCAACAUUUCCAUAGAGAAAGGGGGCGACUUGAUCCUAUUAUCACAAUGCAACCGUCAGUCACAUCUGUCAUCUGUUUCUCAUGGCGUGAGAUCGAGGCCUCCAGAGGAAGCAACAAUACAUGCUUCCUCGAAGACGGAAAUGAUUCCUCUUCUGAGUCCGACGAUGGAAUCGGAAAUAUUAAAAGAAUCCUGGACAAUACCAAAUAUAAAAAGCAACAAUUUUCAAAAUACCGACGAGGAGAACACGGAGAAUUAUUCCAUUUGGGAGGAGAACUUUCAAGAUCUGAGCGGUUGGUGCAUGGACCAAUUUCCACAACAAUACGAUUUUCCUAUAGGUGAAGCGAUCAAUUGCAAACUAACCGAUAUGAGCUAUGAGAAUGAUAAUGUCUCAACAGUGGAAAGUGUACCCGAAGAAUUUACAAUUGUUUACGACGAGAAGAGAACUAAUGUCGAAGAUAUUUUGCAUAUUGCUGAUCUUUCAAAUUUACCAUCUUCAGUGGUGAAAUUUGAAAAAAUUGAUCCUAACAACUAUACAAUGGCCAAUGAAACGGAUGCUUGGCAAAAUUUAACCACUGGCAAAAUUAUCGAUACAACAUUCAUCAAUAUUGAUAAUGAUACUUCACAUUCAUCAACUAGACCUAAAGUUACAAACAAUUUGAAAGUUCAAUUACCAAUUCAACAAGUGACACAGGGGAAAAUUAUUGAUCCCUUGGAAUCAACUGUACUUUCAACAUACACUACUUAUGAACCAGAAUCUUUUGAUCUACUCUCCUAUCUCUGUGAAGACGAAGUCGCUUUACCUGCUGCAUGUAGUACAGCUUCAGCUUCAUCACAAAAAGUUGUCAAGACAAACGCAAGAAACGAAGAGAAGCAAUCACCUAAAAUUAAAAAUAAGGAGAGAACAUUGAGAAGAAGACGAGAAUCAGUCAAUCAAAAAGUUGAAGUUCAUGAAACUAGAAUUCCUUCUUCUUCUUCUUCCUAUUUACCUUCUCCAUCAUCAUCAUCAUCAUCAUCAUCUUCCUAUAUGGAGAAAUUAUCAUCGCGUAAAAAAACAAAAACAGUCAAAACAUUGAAAAAAUGUUCAAAAAAUGAUGGUGAUUUGUAUCGUAAAAAACGAAGGGGUCCUAAACGAAAAUUGGAAACUGACUCGGAAAAUGACGAUGAUAAUUGUGAUAAUGAUGAUGAUGUGUUUUCCGAUAAUAGUUAUCGUGAAUCACGUGAAAAAAAUAAUGAGGCCUCAAGAAAGUCACGUAUGAAUAAAAAGGCAAAAGAAGAGGAAAUGUCACGAAGAUCAACACAACUCGAGAAAGACAACAAAGUGUUAAAAAUGAAAGUUGAGGAACUUGAAAAAUUAGUGACAUCAAUGCGCAUGGCAUUAUUACAAUCAGCAUUAAAACGUGAGCGAUAAAUAUAAUAUAUCAUAUAUAUCGAAAAACGAAUUUUUCCCACAAAAAAAAAUUCGUUGAAAAAAUAAUUAUUUUUUCUUUUUGGAAAAGAAUUAUUGUUAUUUAAGGAAAACAGUUUUUUUUAAGAAAAAAUCUUUUUUAGAAAGAAAUUUAUAAUAAUUUAUAAUAAUUAUAAAUUAUUUUUCAUAGGUAUAGAAAAUUUGUUUUCUAAAUUUUACAUUUGGAAAAAAUGUUUUUUUUUAUAAAAAAAAAUUGUUCUCUUUUUUUCUUUAGAGGAAAAAAUUUAUAUUUUUAGAAAUAUAUUAUUUUUCAGUCAGUAAAACUUAUUUUUACUUACGAAAUAAUUCUUAACAAAAAAAUAAUUAUUUCAAAAGAAGAAUUUUUUUAAAGGAAUAUAUAUAUAUAUUUGCGAGGAAAGAGAAAUUUGUUUUUUGAAAAUUGUGUUAAAAUUUCGAGAGAUUUAUAUUUUUUCUUGCAAAUUACACAUGCAUAUAUGGGUCAUUGAGAGUGGAGAAAAAUUCUUUAGAAUUAGUUAUGCUUGAAAAGCACUAUUAAAAUUUACUACUAAUGUAUUGUAAAAUUUUGCAUGAUAGUUUAUUUUGUUAUUUAGAUAUACAUUUCUAUCUGGCAGGACACACUUCAUAUGUUUACUGAAUAUACAAAAAAUUAAAAAAAAAUUAUUAAUAAUAAUAUUAUUAACAUUAUAAAAGAAACAAAAUGAUAUAUUUUCGAUUUUCAAUAAUAUUUUAAAAUAUAUUUUCUAAAAAAUGAAUAAUUAUUGAAAAUUAAGUAUUUCUUAUAAAAAAAAAAUUAGUAAUUUUCAAAAAAAAAGAAUAUUUUCAAAAUAAAAUAUUUUUUGAAUAAAGAAAAUUUGUAAACAAAUAGAAAGUGUGUCUUCGUAUUCUGAAUAUAUAUUUUUACCCAACAGAAUAACAAAUGCCAGUGUGUGAAAAUUAGAUUUUUAUAUAUGAAGUAUUUUUCAUCCUAUCAGUUGAGUUUGAACGUUACUUGCAAAUUUCUUAACAAUCUUAUUACUCAAUUUUAAUUUCAAAGAAGAAAAUUAACAUACAUAAAUUUAACAUUUAUUUUGUCUAAUAGAAAAAAAAUCAAAAUUUUAUUAUACAAAAGUUUUGUAAAUUCAACUACCCACAUAUUAAAAGUUUUAUUCUAAAGAACUGAAAAAAAAUUGAAGAAUAUGAUUUUUUUAUGAUCGUUAAAUUUUAUUAUACUUUUUACUGUAAGUAAGGAAGGAAGAAAGUAUUCAAGUGACGUUUAGACUGAAAAUAUUUUCACUUGAAAAAAGCACUGAUAGUAAUUAUAAAAAAAAUUCGUACUUAAUAUGUUUAAAAAUGUACGUAAUUUUUUUCUCGUAGUUCCAAAAAAAGGUUGAGGACAAAUAUUAAGAUUAUCUUGCGGUGGACCUUUUUUUAAAAUAUAGUUAUCAUUCUAGAUUGAAAAUCGGUUUUGGUCAUUAUAUAUUUUAUUUAAAAAACAUGACCAAUCACCGUCUUAAGAAUUCAGGAAUAAACUACAAAAGUUUUUUUCCACAAGAAUGAGAAUUUUUUAUGCUUUUACUUAGAUAUAGCUGACAUAUUUUUAUACGAAUCGCCUAUUGUUUAGUGGUGGAAUUGAAAUAACUAUUUUUAAUGGACAUUUGUUUAUAUUUGCUUCUAAAAUUUAAACUGAUCGACAAUUAUUGUAAAUUGUGAAAUAUAUUUUCUUAUAGUCACAAUAUUUUAAAGCUUAAUAAUAUCUCUUUCAAAAAUGUAUAAAAACAUGUGUAUUUUGUGAAAUAAAUUUAUUUCAAAACAGAACAAAA